GUCGAACUUUGGAGUAACAGAUUACACUAGUCACUUUACCUCUCUGAUGUAAUUUUCGCAACUGCAAUUGUGCCACGUUUCUACAGAGGGAUCGAAAUUGAACCAUAGCACGAUGACAGAGUCUUCUGGUGUAAGUACUCGUCAUUAGUAGACUUAUUACUUGUUGGUUUAUUGUAUUUCUACUUUCGCAAAGAUUAAAGUUGACUGAUGUUGUAUUCAACUUUAUAUGAUGGAAAGUGUGAUGUCAAUUGAUUAUGAGGGAAUUGCAUUGUGACAUUGUUCUAAGUUGUUGUCAUUUCGAUUUUGUGCAUGGGAUGUAAAUCUGCUAUUGGGGACAUGAUUACUCAUGUGAUUAAUUGACGAUGAUAUGCGGUGACAGUCGGUGUCUGUAGCUAGGUUUCCAUCCAAUUGUCGACAGAUUGUUAUGUGAAUAUUCUAAAAUCCGCAUUAAAACAAUAUGCGCAUUUUCCCACCAGAGAUGUUUCAAAUUGACUUGUUGGAGAUAAAAGGCUGUGCGUGCUGACAGUGCACACAAAAAUAACUUGUUUUUGUGACAAUUGUUUACUGAACAAAAAUAUUUAAAAAAAUAUAUGCAACAAUUUCAAUGAUUUUACUGAGUUACAGGUCAUUUUAGGAAAUCAGUCAAUUGAAAUAAAUUCAUUAGGCCUAAUCUAUGGAUUUCACAUGACCGGGCAGGGGUGCAGCCAUUGGUGGGCCUUGGAGGGCAUAGGGAGUUUUUCCCCACAAAAGGGCUUUAUUACAAACAGAAAUACUCUGUCUGAUUGAUUGAGAGAUUCAAGGAGCUAUCAUCAUUAAGUAACAUAAUAGAUGGAAAGCAUUUGAAUAUUAACAUUCAUGCACUUCUAAAUGAAUUUUGUAACUUUGUCCCAGAAGCAUUUAACUGCAAGGCACUCCACAUCAUAUGAAGGAAUGUGCCUACCUAAUUUAGGGGACACAUUUCCUUUGCUUUAAAUACAGUCUGUGAACAAACACAAAAUGUAUGAGUUGAUGAUUCAGAUUACGGCAUGCCAAGGUCAUAUUUUUCCAUAUUCUGGUCCAGUUAAAGGGUUGUUCAGAUUCACUUAGAUCUGUGGACUGACCUAAACUGACCUAAGUUGUAAAUAUAGAACAAAGAGUUGCCUGGUAAUGUGUGUCUUUCAAAUCUUGGAAUGUUCUCAAACCAUUAUUGUCCAUGAUAUGGGUAAGUGUAUGGACUCCACAUUUGGACCAUUCAGGGGGAUGCAAAAGGCAUUCUUGUGAAAUAUUGGGAGUAUGGUCAUACCAUUUUGAUUCCCAGUUAGAUUGUUUUUAAAUUUUGUGGCAAAUAGAGAUUGUGUGAGCAAUAAUAGGAACAAAUCAUUGUUUACUUUGUUUAAGACAGGGUUCCCCAACUGACGGCCCGCGGGCCAAAUGUUUUUAUUUGGCCCCCCAAGUUUUCUGAGCAAAAACAAUAAUACAUCAAAUCAAAUCAAAUUUUAUUGGCCACAUGCGCCGAAUACAACAGGUGCAGACAUUACAGUGAAAUGCUUACUUACAGCAAUACACAAUAAAAUGAGCUCCAAGUGAUUUUAAUGUAAGAAAUCUGUUCCCAAGUAUUCCCACGCACAAUAGAGAGACACGUGAUCAUAAACAAAUGUAAGCAAGGUUUGAUAUGAUUGUUUUAGUCAAACAUUAUAUCUGUUUGGGCUUCUUGCAGUCAAUUUGCAGUCAUCAAAUUAUUUGUAAUUGUAAACUGGCUGGUUCGAGCCCUGAAUGCUGAUUGCCUGACAGCCGUGGUAUAUCAUACCAUAUGCCACGGGUAUGUAUAUUUUUUCUGUUCUAAUUACGUUGGUAACCAGUUUAUAAUAGCAAUAAGGCACCUUGGGGGUUUGUGGUAUAUGGCCAAUAUACCACGGAUAAGGGCUGUAUCCAGGCACUCCGCGUUGCGUCGUGCGUAAGAACAGCCCUUAGCUGUGGUAUAUUGGCCAUAGACCACACCCCCUCGUGCCUUAUUGCUUAAUUAUGUUCCGGCCCCCCGUCCAUCCGCUCAAUAAAAAAUUGGCCCGCGGCUGAAUCUAUUUGAUGAUCCCUGGUUUAAGGGAAAUAUUAGUGAAGACCAUCUAUUCCAGGGCAAUAGGAGAUAUUGCUAAUGUCUGGAAAUAUAAUUAAAAAUUUGGUACAGAUAGUCUUCCUACUUAUUUCCUCCUUUGUAAGUUUGUUCAUUUUAUCUGGGUUUGCUUACCUUGCCAUAUAAAAUUUGAAACCACUCUAUGGAUUUUAUCCCAAUAACCAGAAGGAGGAGACACGGAUGGGUUGAACUACAGAAAUUUAGCCUUGGCAAUAUAUUUAUUUUUACAAUAGAUAUUCUGCCGGUUAAAGCAACUGGGAUGUUAGUCCAUCUACUGUUAAAGUUUCUGGCAGUGGUUUUAUCUAAGGAUGGAAAUAUAUCUACUACCAAAUAUUUUAAAUGGGAAACAUUUGAGAUUCCAUAAGUAGAGAUGGAGUCCUCCAUCGGGGUCUUGAGAGGCAGUAGGGCUGAUUUGGUUAGAUACAUUUUAUAACUUGAGAUGAAGCUGAAUUUAUCUAUGAUCUUCAAUGUGUUUGGGAGCGGUUUGAGAUGCAUUGUCUAGAUAUAGUAAAAUAUCGUCCAUGUAUAAUGAGAUGAAGUGAUCAGUAGAUUUUUGGCAAAUUUGUGUUAUUUAUUUAUAUUGACAAAUUGCCUGGGUCAGGGGUUCCAUGGAUAAUAAAAAUAGCUAAGGAUAAAUAAGUACGUCUCGAUGGGAUGACGACAUCAUUUUGGAAAUCAGUUUAAUAUCUGUGUUUAUCAAAGAUAGGGGGUGAUUAUGAGAACACUGGGUGGCAUCCAUACAUUUUUAAAAAUAAAAGCACAAUUUGUGCUGUCUUCGCAUCUCUCACAAGUGAACAGCUGUGUUAAUCAUUUCGAGCUAUAGCGGACCUAAUUUGAUUCCAACAUUUUAAAUAGAGCUCCAAAAAUAGUUUGCAGUUAAAUUCCCAUGUACCGAGAAAAAAAACAACAACAAGUUGAAUGGGUUUCCAUUGCAUUUUCAACUCUACUGAUGGCUUUGUCACAACAAACGUUGUCUUGUAUAGUGAAUAUAGCCACUCUGGUUUGCUGUUUUCAUCAGGCCUAGCUGUAACAUAUUUUAGUGGGAAGUAUUCAACCCUAAACAAGACACCAUAGGAUGAAAGCUUUACUUUUGUAUGAUCUUUAAAACAAAGUGGGUGUUUAGUCGUGACCAUCUUCUUGUUCUUCUCCUCAGCAGUUUUAUCGAUAUGCAUGUAGUCCCCAGGACCCUCCAGAAAAUCCUUAUACGUUGCAUAGCAGUACAGAUGGAUCUACAAUUGGAAAUUAACAAUGUCAUCUCGCUACGUUCCUAGAGUGCCUUGGAGGUGUACAAGGAGAUGCUAUUGCUCUACCUGGAGGAAGGCAGGCGGCUUGUGAACACCAACUGCGAGGAGCUGGAACCAUGGCAGAUCAUUGGAGCUACUCUCAUCUCGACCCUAGGAGCAGUCUGGGUCAAAGGCUUCCUGUUUCAGCAAGAAAGUAAGUUUUCAGAUGAUGGAAUGAGGCACGUGUGUAUCAAAUGCAUGGGGAAAAUGUUAUGAAUGGGUGUUUAUGUGUUCUACAUGAUGAAAAGUGGUUUUUGGUUUAAUCAGACAUGCUGCUUCAUGAUUCAUUACCCGUCUGAAUGAGUGUGCAGUUAUUCACUUCCCCUCGUGGAUUUAAAAGGAAAGGACUGGUGUAAACUCUCUCUAGCUCAUGCUUACAUCAAUCCAAUGACUGAUAGAAAGGUUGAGAAUUGGGACUCGGGAAGGUGUCAGCAUUAAAGCACCAAGAGUUGGACCCGAAGUAUGGCAGGGAUUGACAUUAAGGUCUGAAAGGCCCUCACCCGUUGGGCAUGUCAGGAGUAUUUUUGGGUUGGCCGAAGAUUAUGAUCACUUGCCCGAUAUUUUUAAGUCGCUAUUUUCACCUACACACAGGGGAGGAAACAGAGAGUCCAGACUACUGGAUUUCUUUGUAAUUUGGUUGUUGUCAGUAAAAAUAAAUCACCUGCCCAAUGGGGCAACCUCAGAGCAGAUUCAACUUGGGCAACUGCUCAGGUCACUUGCCCCGGGCAAUAGGACAACCCUUAAUGUCAAUCCCUGUAUGGGCUUGAAUACUUCUUUCUGAUACCAUUGUGAGCAAUGAUCAGCUGACAAAACAAUUUCGGUGUGUCUCUGUGAUCAGUUAAAGCACUCGAUAUUGCUGGCCAACAAUUUUAAAUAUGUUUGAACUUGCAGUUGCUGUUUUUGUUCUUGCUCCACACUUCAGUUUGUCUCUCUUUGUACAGUUUACAGCUGUUUUACAGUUAUUACAAGUGACAUAGACAUGUCCAGACAUGUUACUGUUCUCACUGAUGUCUGUGCAUUUUCUAGAAUCCUACAGAUCGGUGAUAUUUAUAUUCCAAAUCAGUGGAAAUUACGAUUUGUUUUUUGUUGUUGUUGAUGGCAGUAACUUGCUGUACACAAUUUCAUUUGGCAGGAAUGUUGGCAGGAAAUAUGUUCCAGUAUUAGCUUGUACGCCAGCUGUUGGCCUUUUUGAUUUGACUGCCCUUUCCAAGCAGCUGUUUUAUUCAUAUAAACAUUCCCCAUUGAAUUCAGCUUGUGGUUUUCUCCUGUGCUUCUCAUCUACUGUUAUUUUCAGCUCAAUCGCCUCUUUCUUUGUUGCUUAAUAGCCCUGACAUCCCGAAUCAAGAAGCAGUGCUUUCGACUCAUCAGAAAAAUACCCUUUGUUGGCGCGACAGUAAGUUUCAAGCGGUUAUUGUGUUCCUCUAUUCCACAGAUGUGUUCUGACUCUUCCUAGUCUAGCGUGGUAUGAGUCACUCAGUGAUGACUUGAGUGUCGGCAUGCGGGAGGGAGGGAGGGAGGAGGGGGGGUUAAGACCUUUAACACGGUUUACAUCAUGGACUGGUGAUAAUGCUGGGUUAGUGUUGGUCAUUACAGAAUGACUAAAUCCAUAUUUAACUGAAGAGUGUGAAUAGGCUACACUUUAAUGAGAUGGUGAAAUCUACAUUUACAUAUUUUGAAUGCUCUCUAGCCACAAACAUAUUUGGAUAGCCCAGAUCUUCCUGGCAUGCUAUCACCUAUACGUUCACAACUAGCUGGUUUUGAUUGCUUUCAUAUAUUUUCUAUAUUUCCGAAAACACUUUUAGAUAAGUUGUGAACGCCAGAGUGCUGUAGCCUAAACGUCCUCCUCAAUGCCAUAAUGGGUCCCUGCUCCUUGGAAAUGGUUUGUGUUGUCUGAGCGGUGAUGUGCGUAGUGUGACUAACUCAGUGUCUCUUUGCAACAGAUCCAGACCCAGCUGAACAAGGCCCUGGCUGACAUGUCUCUCAGUCUUUGCACACUGAAGGAGGGUAUGAGCUAUACCAAACAGCUGCCUGAACAAGGGCUAACCCAAGUUGAAGUUCUAGACAGAAUCAGAGAGUAUCAAACACUGAGUAAGUGGCUGAGAGUUGUCCCAGAGCAGGUUCUGGAGCAUGCAUUAGUCUUGGUAGCCAUAUGGGGCCGUUGACCUACAGUACCCUACUGCCCUAUAUAUAUUGUAUUGGCUAUAUCCUAGAAAAUGAUUUUUUUUUUUUUUGUGGAGCAAUAAUAUAAUAUAAUGUAAUGGCAUAAUAUAAUGGCUUAUUAUGGAGCCAAUGACCUACUUGCUACUUCUAUCCAAGAAAAUGUGACAAAUGUUUUGACAAGUGUGCCUGCUGUUUUUAGCAUUGGUUUUAUUUGUAGGGAAAGUUGUGAAAUUACAAUAUAUACCGUAGUCAUUUCCUGAGGUAUUGCUGUUGUCUGCUCUUCACAGAUGAAGUGGAUUGGGAGAAAGGACGAGUUUCAGGCGCAGUGUACUGGGGAGAUCAGACACUUACCAAACUUUUGGUGAAAGUAUGUCUAGUCCACAAAACCAUAGUCUUUGUUUUGUCUUGAAUUCUUUGAAUGAACAAUCAAGUUAAACAGCUGUGUGUAGAAUUUUGAGUAAUACAUUUUUUAAUUUAAAGCUCAUACUACAGUCUGAAUAUCCCUUGUUUAUCCUUGUUUAUAUGUCAAAUCUCAUCGCUUAGUGAUUCUCUUUUUAUAUUCUUCUUUUUGUCGCUAGGUGUAUGGAGACUUUGCAUGGAGCAACCCACUUCACCCAGACCUCUUUCCUGGUGUGAGGAAGAUGGAGGCAGAGAUUGUGAGAAUGGCGUGUACCCUCUUCAACGGUGGGCCCAACUCUUGUGGCACAGUGAGUUUACCUUCAGUACUCCCACAAGACUCACUGACCUAGGGUUUGGGAAAUGUUCUUCUCAAGAGAAUAAUCCAAACGUAUGCACCGGCAUAUUUUGAACGCUGAUUGUUGCUGCUGUUUCUGCUUUGUCCAGGUCACCUCCGGAGGAACUGAAAGCAUAUUGAUGGCAUGCAAGGCGUACAGAGACAUGGCCUAUGAGCGGGGUGUGAAACAUCCUGAAAUGUGAGUUCACUGUCAAAAUAUAGCCCCAGAUGAUUUUUAUUCUUGGCACACAAAAUGUUCUCAGAACAAGCUUGAUUUGCAUGCUUGAAAUGUUUGCUUUCUCAUAAAUGGUAAUUAUGGCUACACAUAAUGGUUAUAUCACCUGUGAAAUACAUUUUAUACGAUACAGGGAAUAAUUUGUGUUUUAUUUCCUCCCCUCAUUUUGCAGCAUUGCACCAGUCAGUGUCCAUGCAGCCUUUGACAAAGCAGCAAACUACUUUGGAAUGAAGCUUGUUCAUAUUCCCCUGGACAAGAAGACCUUGAAAGUGGAUGUUCAGGUGCAAAUAUUUAUUAGUUCCUAUAUUAAUGGUUAUUCUAAAGAAUAACUUGACUGGAAAGUCAGUCCGUGCUCAAUACACAAAAGGUCAGAGUAAAUGUAGGUUUGUUGGUUUACAAAUUCCCAAUUGUAACUGUUGCCGUGACCCCAGCCUAGUCUAGGUAACGAGAAUACGGUGUGAUGUCUUGCAACGUGACACUACUGUAACUAAUGACUGUCACUGCCGUCACUGACUGGGGAACUCUUCCUCGAUUUGGACUGUUAAAGAUUACAAUUUCAGACAUUACAAUAGUUAUAAAAAACUAGGGCUGUGACGAUACCUGUAUCUCAUUAUUUUAUCCAUGGCAAACAUUAAAAACCUGCAAACCUAAAAUAUUGUGUGCUAUAGCUUGGCAAAAAACAAAUAAAUGUGACUCUGGAUAACAACAUAAUGAUGUUUGUUUCCAACAUUAGGGCCGUUUUCCUAAAGAAGUUCAAUCUGCUUUGUUUUGUUUCCUUGCCAGUAUCGCAAUACUGGUAUCGUCCCGGCCCUACAAAAAAACAUGGUGGCAACAAUGACUUUAGAAUGACUGGUUCUUAGUGAGGGUGGAUUAGACUUAUCAUCACCAUAAUCAUUUGUCUUAAAGCAAUAUCAUGACGCCUUGAACUCCUGAUAACUCCUAGUUGUUCUGUAUAGGCUAUGAGGAGAGCCAUCAACAAGAACACAGCCAUGCUUGUGUGCUCCGCACCCCAGUUCCCCCAUGGAAUCAUUGAUCCUAUUGAGGAAGUAGGAAAGGUAAAGCUUGUCAUUGUUAUCUACUUCUCAUAGUAAAAGGAAAGUCAUGGGGAAAUGUAUUGGAAAAACUGGUCAUUCUUAACAUUAAGUUGCUUGUAUACCUGUGUAGUAACACUGUUGUUGCAUAGUACCUUAAAUGACCUAAUCCGUCCCACAUGGUGUUUUUCAGCUGGCUGUAAAGUACAACCUCCCUCUGCACGUGGAUGCUUGUUUGGGAGGGUUUCUCAUUGUGUUCAUGGCCAAAGCCAAUUACCCACUGGCUCCCUUUGACUUCAGGGUAAAGGGUGUGACCAGCAUCUCUGCAGACACACACAAGGUAAGAACAGGGUGUGGAUCCCAGACAGUCCUACCUAACAUUUUCUCCCUCUUGAUUUUCAAUCAUAAGAUGCUCAUUGUUCCAUAAACAUGUCGUUUUUUUGGUUAUGGUGUUGACUGGUUGUUGUGUUGACUGGUUAUGGGGUUGACUGGUUAUGGGAUUGACUUGUUAUUGUUUUUUGAUCUACCUCUACUCUAGUAUGGCUUCGCCCCCAAAGGUUCAUCAGUGAUCCUGUAUAGUGACAAGAAGUACAGGCACUACCAGUACUUUGUGGCUCCAGACUGGCAGGGGGGCAUCUAUGCGUCCCCAUCAGUGGCAGGUUCUCGGCCAGGAGGUAUCAUCGCAGCGUGCUGGGCCACCAUGAUGUACAUGGGAGAAGAUGGCUACAUAAAGACUACCAAGAAGAUCAUUGACACUGCACGCACCAUCAAGACAGAGUAAGAGACCCAUCUUUUACUGUAGUUAUUAUCAGCCUUGAUUUCCGGCUUUCUCACUAAACAAGACUUGGAUAUGUGGUAAAGCGAAACUAUUAUAGGUACAAUCAGAAACAUUAUGGUCGUUUUUUUUUCAUCAAGUUUGCUUGGUUGAUUCGCUUUCUGUUGGUUUCCGAAACCAUCUUUUAACCUAUUUACAACAGGCCCAGAAUAUUGUUAGAUUUCGCUGUUUCUAAGAGCUCUUGGCAAGCACAUUGAGAUCUCAAUGUUUUUGGAUAAGAUAAAUAUUUGAAGUGUUUUUGUUUCGUUUAUUUCCGGACAGAAUCCGUAAGAUAGACGGAGUGUUUGUGUUUGGAGACCCUGAAGUGUCGGUGGUGGCAAUAGGCUCUGACGUCUUCGACAUCUUCCGUUUAUCCAACGCACUGACGUCAAAGGGUUGGAAUCUCAACACGCUACAGUAUCCAUCCAGGUAUGUUUUCCUAAACAUUUUCACAUAUUUGAAAUUCAGUCAUACUUAUCAAUUAUAAUGUAUACCUUUCAUAGAAUAUUGACUAUGCACUGAAUGCUGAAGUAAUACCAGCAAACAAAGUCCGCCAAGCUAGAGCUGCAUGAUGUGGACAAAAUAUCUAAUUGUGAUUUUCAAACACUUGGGUGAAAACUUGGUAAUUCCAUCAGCCAUGGUUAAAACAAUUGUCAGGAUAGAGAACAUCACUUCUAAAAUGAGAUCGUAUGAAUGAAUACAUACUGUGCUACCUGAAUACACAACCAGAUGAAACACAUAUUUUCCAACAUUGUUAUAGGCUAGAUAGGAUUAUUCCACCUACAUAUUAACAAACCUAAAUGUUUAACAUGGUCAUCAAAAUAUGGUGUGCUACAGUUAAUGAAUUAUGAGUUCCUAUUUUACCAUUGAGUUCUUAAAUAACCUAAAUUAAUUAUUUAUUCAGGCAGCCAUAGGCUGCAGAUGGAAUAGGAAACGUAUGAUUGUGUAAAUAUGUAUAAGUAGGCUUAAUUAUUAUUAUAAUUGAAAUGAAAUGUCUAAAGUGCCUUAAAAACAUAACACGUAGCCUACCGAUUGCAAGGUGAAUCCUGUCCAAAACAUUGGAGUCUGGUCCAGUAAAUCAAUGUGACAUGUUUCAACUUCUCCCUUCAUUUUGUUAGACAGUGUUGGAAUCUUGUAUCUCCUGUCCAGCUUGUUUAUCAUCUUCUUGAAGCCGUCUUUGCUGAAUGUGUAAAUAGGAACCAUGUCUUUGGCUUUGUGAUAGGUGAUCGCCUCAGUGAUUUAUCUGCGUCUGCGGGAUGUUUUUUCGUAGGACGUUACACUUGAAAACGCAUCGGCAAUCAAUGCCUGUUUAACGUAGGUGGCUGGUUGUGGCUGAGGGGCUUUGCUGCUGUCGGGCGCUUUUUUGUGGUGUAAGGUUACUUAAGUAAAAAUACAUCGAAGUACAACUUAAGUUGUUUUUUGGGGUAUCUGUACUUUACUUUACUAUUUUAUAUUUUUUUUACAACUUUUACUUUUACUCCACUACAUUCCUAAAGAAAAUAUAUGUACAUUUUACUCCAUUAGGGCUGUCCCCGACUAAAAACAAAUAUUGGUCGACCAAGAGUCAGUCAGUCUGUUGAAACUGAGUGGUUGAAACUGAGUGGAAAACAUGGUCAUUGUGGAUUUUGUUUCAAAGCCUGACAAUGAAUUGAAAUGGACAGCGCUUUUUAAGGUGAUGAUUAAUUCAAAACACCCAAACACAUAGGAUGUGUCUAUAUGGAAAAAUACACAGUUUAAAAUUUUGACCAAUCGAUUGGUCAACAUUUUUAAACGUGUAUUUUUCCAUAUAUAGACACAUCCUAUGUGUUUUAAUCAAAUCAACAAAUGCACUGAGUUUAGGGCUGUUGCAGUGACUGUAUUACCCUGAAUACCACGGUAAUCUCCUUUUAUGCACUCAGGACAUGCGUUGGUAGUACCCAACUCGCUAAUGGCCUGGUAUUCAGGGCUCUAUUGUCCUUCUAACCACUCUGACAUCAAUGAAAUCGAAAAUCACAUCACAUUACAUCACAAACACUUAUCAUCAAAACAGUAUUUAAAACUCACCUCACUGUCAUUGAUCAAUUUGAAGAAAGAAGUUCAACAACAGGUUGAAACUGAGUGGAAAACAUGGUCGUUGUGAAUUUUGUUUCAAAGCCUAACGCAAUGAAAUUGACAGCGCUUUCUAAGAUGAUGAUUCAUUCAAAACACCCAUACACAUAUUCGAGCUUAUACAUACGCAUAGGCCUAUAUAUGAGCCCAAGCCUGAAGAAAAACUGAAUUAAAAUAAUGAUUGUGAAGUUCGUUAUACAAUACAUGUAAAUUACGCACCGCUGCCGAAAAACAUUUUAAAAAAGCUGAUUUAAGAUGUCUUUAAUUGGUCUAGCCUAUAUUCCAAAAUUAAACAAAUUCUAGUAAUCGCCUUUUAGUGUGGAUUGUAUUAUUAUGCAUACUGGAUGGACUGGUUACCUUACGCUACACUCCAAAGUUUCUAUUCAUGAGUCUGGGAGAGAACGUAUAGGCCUAGGCGAUGCUGUUGGUUCAUUGAUUGUGCAGGGCGGCUUACAGGUUUAGCCUACAAUAGUGAAUUUAGUUUUGAAUAGCCUAGUUAGUAAUAGGGAAUGUUUAUAUAAUUUCAUAAUUAAUAGGGUGACACAUUAGACCACCUUUAGCUACAGAAUAUCUCACCACCGUGCGUUUCAAUCUCCUCCCCUUUCUGCUUCAUUACUUUCUCAAGCGCGCAGAGAGGAGCUGUCAACAGUUUAAUGAAUUAUGUUUCCUUGUGAAAACAUGUUACUUUUGAUGUUCCCGAACAGAUUUCACGUGGUUUCCCAAAUGAAGCACUGGGUAGCUGCAGGAACAGGGUUGGGGAGCCCAUGGCAUACAGAGUUUGGGCGGAAUAUCACCUGUCGCGCAUGCUCCUCAAACAGUGGUGGAUGUUUGGAGUAGCCUACCCGAACCAACAGCGGGAAAGCGGCUUCCAUUCGCUAUUUGAGUGCAUAGGCGGGAUGACGUCUUUUUUCCCCUGCCCCUGUUCCUGCUCAUUUGAUAAUGGGCCAUUCUAAAUCGAAACUAGUUUAAUAUAUUAGUAAAGACAAUAUUAAAUUGAUAAUAGUCUGAUGGUGAUAAUAUGAUCACUUGAUGAGAGAACAGUGUGUGCAGCCUGAGGCAAGGAACCGAGCGCAAGCUUUUUUUGUGACUCUCAAAUCAUCAAUAGCCUAUAGUCACAUCAUGCAGCCCAUAUAUGUUUUGAUUUCUAAGACAUCCUAAGGUUUGUAUCAUUAACAUCUAAAGUUGCCAAAUAACGCUAAAUCUAGCGUAGCCUAUAGGACCUGUUUCAAAUGAUCACUUUCACACACAGCUCCGGAAUGGGAAAAAUAUCCUUUCUAUUUUAUUCAGCUAAGUUCAAUUAUAUUCUUCUUACUAUAAAAUACAUACACGGGACUUAUAAGCAUAUCUUGUCUGCUAAAUGAACAAGCCUACAGCCUAUGACAUGGAGCAUAGCCAGAUAACAUACAGUAAUAAGCCAACUCAUACAUUUUCUUCAUAUCAUGUUUCUUUAGACCUACCUAAAAUAAAUAAUAGAUUUGUUGGUAUGAUGUUUAUUAAAUUGAUUUAUUAGACUUAUUAAAAUGUAAUGUUACAAAGGCAAGCAUCAGCAGCUUGUAUGUGUGGAGCCCUGGAGAUGCUAUACAUGUUUAUGUUAAUUAACGGUCAAUUACUGUGAGACCGGCAGUCUUUUGCAUGACAGUAACCGGCUGACAAAAUGUAAUGACCGCCACAGCGCUAACUGAGCUUGUCUGAUGCUUUAAGCGCACUAUUUGAUUAAAUAAUGAAGAAACACAAAUGACUAGAGGGAGUCCGACCAGCGAUUGAUUUGAUUGUGCUGGGCCAGGCUCAGACUUGCUGCGCUGUGUUAAAAAAAAAAAAAAAGUUAUGUUACCGAAAUCCCUCAUUUGUUUAGGAAAAACAUUACCUCAACACUUGCUCUCUUUAUGUGACACAUGUAAGCAUCACAUGCACGUGACCAAUAGGGCCUAAAAUGCAUUUCAAAUCAUGAGUGACUCGUAUGCUGUGUGAUGACAUGAACGAACUAAUGAUUGAUUGAUACAGUAGCCUAUAUAAGUAUUGAAAUAUAGAGCUAAGUAAGUUCCGGUAUUAAGUUUAAACAGGAUGCGCUCUUAGGCCUACAGCUCAAUGGGGGUUAUACAAGGCUGCUAUACUAAACCUACUAAUGAUAACGACAUGACUUAUUAUAAUGAUGCUCAUAUUCAUAGUAAUUAUAAUAAGGAGAUCAAGAAAAAGGAGGGUUAUUUGUUAUAAAUAAAACAAUUCUGACAAUUUGGAACGGUGUAAACAACACUAAAUAAAUUAUAAGUAAUACCAGAGAGGCUUUUUUAACGAAAAAAAAAAGUGUAAAGCCUUUUAUUACAGCAUAGCAAAGAUUAGAAACAGACACAUUUUUUAAUUUGUCUAUGCGACAUUGUGGUUCCGUGAAUCAGUAGGCUAUAAAACAAACACUCAAACAGGCAACACAAGCAGGAUCUGACUUAUUUCUGUAGAUAUGGCGCAGUGGUAUAAAAAUGGAAAACCCCCAGCAGUUUUGUUUUCGUUUUCUUUUAUUUCAUAAAAAAUGUCAAUGUGUGGCCUAAUCUCCCAGUCAUCCAUCCCUCUGAGGCAAGAUUAAAAGGAAAGAGAGAGAGGAGAUACAUCAGUACAUUGUAAUUUUUAACCCAUUUUUCUCCCCAAUUUCGUGAUUACGAUCUUGUCUCAUCGCUGCAACUCCCCAAUGGGCUUGAAACAUGACCCGCCAAACCACGCCUCUUAACACCCACUCGCUUAACCCGGAAGCCAGGAUGCACCAAUGUGUCGGAGGAAACACCGUUCAACUGACGACCGAAGUCAGUCUGCAGGCACCCGGCCCGCCACAAGGAGUCGCUAGAGCGCGAUGAGCCAAGUAAAGCCCCCCAGGCCAAAGCUGGUUGAGAGAAUGCCAAGAGUGUGCAAAGCUGUCAUCAAUGCAAAGGGUGGCUACUUUGAAGAAUCUAAAAUCUAAAAUAUAUUUCUUUAACACUUUUUGGGUUACUACAUGAUUCCAUGUGUAUUAUUUCCUAGUUUUGAUGUCUUCACUAUUAUUCUACAAUGUAGAAAAUAGUAAAAAUAAAGAAAAACCCUUGAAUGAGUAGGUGUGUCCAGUAAUGGAGUUAAUCGCGCCACUCUCGUCUGACUUCAACUUUCUGGCCAAUGUUAGCUAGCUAGCUUGCUACACACAGGGCUCGAGAAUAACUUUUUUCAUCACCGUCCCAGAAUUGUUCCCAAAGUGCAAUUUAUUUUUAUUUUUAUGUUUUGCUAUGCAAACAUGGCUUUACUCAUAGGACCUAGGUAAUUCACAGUGAUUUAAAAGGCUAAUAAUAGUAGCCUACUACUGAAAUAGAUACAUGGGGCUGGCAACUGAAGCAGAAAUUCACCCCCUUGCCUCUAUAAAGGCCAACGUUGGAAUAAUAUUUUGCAUAAAUGUACAUAAAUAAUUAGCCUACAUGUAAAAGUGUAGCUUGGGUUAUAUGCAUAUUGCUACAGCCUCAUGUCCACACCGAUGCUGACGUGAGGGAGGCUCCAGAAAAUGUAGUCAAACUUUAAUGGGACUUUUAAUUACAUAAAUAUAGGCUAAACGCCAGUCAUGUUUGACAAUUAGAAUGUUGGUUAACAUUAACGUCUAAAGGCUUGAUUCAGUUGACAUGCUCGAGGCAUGGUUGGUUCAGAUCAAAUGGUCACGAGCGGAGAGAAAGGCAUAUUACAUAAAAAAACAUUUUUUUUGGGGGGGGGGGGGUGUACAGAACUGUCCCAGAGUCUGUUUGAACCUUCCCAGAUCUUUUUUUUUUAUCAUCCCCGGGACGACCUUCAUUUCAAGCCCUGUCUACAUACCCAGAAAGAAACACAUUGUUCAAUCCUCUAUGUCUCCCUCUCUGAAUCAGUUUAGACAAUUAUUUCUCAGUUUCUCACCCUUGCUGUGUUGGCUCUAGUAAUGAUCGGUAGGACUGGGGGGCGGUCAGGAAACAACGAACGAGGCAAACAAGAAUUAUGAGGAGAAAGUAUGUAGCUAGCUAGUGCUAGUUAAUUUGUUUGUUGUUCUCACAUCACUUGUCAUGACUGCCUGCUGCAGCGCUCUCUCAACGCCAAUGACUGUGCUCAACACACACCCCACCGGUCCUCACCCUCCCUCCCUCCCCACCUUUCACUCACUCACUCACUCACUCACACACUCACUAAGCAACAGCCUGCCUCACUGCCUGAUAGUCAUCAGGAGCAGGUUACAGUGAAAUUUAUAUAUUUUUAAGAGAAAUGCCAUGGCGGCCGCAGGGCAAUUUAGAAGUAGCCCAAAAAUCCGCAAACCCACAACGAAUACAUUUUCACCCACGACAUCGUUUUCAGAGUAGCCCAAUUUUCAAGAAAAUCACAGACAUGGCAACCCUAUACUGUACUUUAUUUGUUAAAGCCCUUUCUCUCCUCACCAGCAACUAACUGCGUGCUCUAAGCAGGUAUACUUGUGAUUGGCCAGCAUGUGCAUGCCGUGCAGAGAGUGAGGCCGCUUGUGAUUGGUCAGCAUCAUCUGUGCAUGUAGAGAGUGAAUGAACAGAGUCUAGCGAAUCUCGUUGGAGGAGGUACGGUAGUCUAGUGUCAAAGAAAGGAGAAAAUCACAGCCUCUUGAGAUAUUGCACAUUUCAGUAUUGCAAUUUGGAUCUGAAUUCGAUUAAUCGUGCAGCACUACCCCAGGUACCAUAGCGCCAUUUUGAAUAAUGUUUGUGUUUUUAAACAACGUUCUCUCUGUCCCACCGCAGCAUCCAUAUCUGUUGUACAGUACUACACACACAGGAAGGUGUGGCCAAACAGUUCAUCAGUGAGGUCAAAGAGCAGGUGGCUCUCAUCUUGAAGAAUCCCAAUGAGAAGACCACUGGAAUGGUGAGUGUUAAUGCUGACUCCGUUACCUGGAAUACACUUCACAGCAGUACACCAAUAGUCUAAUAGAAAAUAUAAAUUGUAUGAAAAAAAUUUUUGGAGGUUAUUAUUCACACUUUUUUCAAAAUAUGUUUAUUCACUCAUUUUAUGUUUAUAAAAGUGGCUUCACAUGCAAACAUAUUGGAUGCAUGGCUCUACAUUCAUAUAUGUUCAUGUUCUAGGGAGCGAUUUAUGGCAUGGCCCAGUCCAUCCCUGACAGAUCCAUGGUGACAGAGAUCUCCUGCGGUUUCCUGGACUGCCUCUACAGCACAGAGGAGCCCAAGUCAUCUCAGCCCCAGAAGACCCAUAUAAAUGGCAACAGCAACGGCAAGGCCCACUGAGUAGGCUGGCUGUGGCCUGGACACACACCUGGGUCAUGUUCAUUAGGG